AUGCCAAGCGAAAUAGACAUUGAAGAGGCUAUUGGCAGUCUCCGACAGUCUGACAAAAUCCAAUUGCUCUCUGGUGUCGACUUCUGGCAUACUGCCAACAUCCCUCGUCUAUCGAUCCCACAAUUGCGCAUGUCAGAUGGCCCAAACGGAGUACGAGGAACCAAAUUCUUCAAUAGUGUUCCUGCAGCAUGUCUUCCCUGUGGUACCGGCUUAGCCGCAACGUGGGAUACACAACUUAUCGAGGAAGCUGGCCAUCUCAUAGCGGAAGAAUGCAAGGCCAAGGGCGUUCAUAUCUGGCUAGGGCCAACAGCUAAUAUUCAGAGGAGCCCUCUUGGUGGUCGAGGCUUCGAAUCCUUCUCCGAAGACCCAGUACUUAGCGGCAAAAUCGCCGCAGCUAUGAUAAAAGGCGUCCAAGCAGGAGGUGUCGCUUCGGCAAUGAAGCAUUUUGUCGCAAACGACAUGGAACACCAACGAACAGCUGUGAAUUGCAUCAUUAGCCAACGUGCACUACGGGAAAUUUAUCUGCUUCCGUUUCAAAUCGCAGUACGAGAUCAUCCUCCUUGGGCGCUCAUGACCUCCUACAAUAAAGUCAAUGGGACGCAUAUGUGUGAGAACAAAGACUUGUUGCAGGAUGUGGUGCGCGAUGAAUGGAACUGGGAGGGAGCCUUUGUCAGCGACUGGUAUGGGACUUACUCGACAUCCGAGGCUGUUAUCGCGGGAUUGGACAUUGAAAUGCCUGGCCCCUCGCAGUGGAGGGGAGAAAUUUUGUCUAAGGCGCUCUCUGUCUCGAAAAUUACGCAGAAGCAAUUGGAUGCCAGGGUUCGCAACAUUUUGAAGCUUUUGAAUCGAGUUCAAGCUGCCGGAAUCCCGGAGCGAGCUCCAGAGCAGACCCGUGAUACACAGGAGACACGAGACAGGCUACGACAACUGGCUGCAAGCGGGUUAGUGCUAUUAAAGAAUGAAGGAGGUGUCUUACCUCUGAAAAGAGAUCAGAAGAUCGCAGUCAUCGGGCCAAACGCAAAGGUUGCGCGUUAUUGUGGAGGUGGCUCAGCCUUUUUGAGGCCUUGCUCAAUUACUUCUAUAUAUGACAGUAUUCGUAGCAUGGUCCCCGAUGCUAAAUUUGCUCAAGGGUGCGAGGUUUACAAUGCACUUCCUCUGAUGGGAGAUCUUCUCAAGACGGAGAAUGGACAAAAGGGAUAUUUCACCUUCACCAUUUUUACUGAUCCCCCAACACACGCAGAGCGGACUGCAAUUGAGGUUUUGGAGAUAAAUCAUAGCUAUGUCGUGCUUUAUGAUUACCAACAUCCCAUGGUACCCUCCAACAACCUGUUAUAUGCAACUAUCACAGGAGAUUUGGUUGUGGAAAUGUCUGCGGACUAUAUCCUUGGCCUGACGGUGGCUGGAACUGCAAAACUCUAUAUUGACGAUUGUCUCGUGGUCGACAAUGAAGAAAGCCAAACAAUUGGAGAGAGCUUUUUCGGUUCGGGUACGGUUGAAGAAACCGGUCAGUUGUAUUUGGAGGCGAACAAAACAUACAAGCUGCGAGUUGAAUUCGGCAGCGCGCCAACAUCAAAGACAAGUCAUGCGGGUGCACCAGUCUUUGGCGCUGGUGGAGUGCGGGUCGGCUGUGCAAGGGUCUGUGAUGAAGAUGCAGAGAUCCAAGCAGCUGUUGACUUAGCCCGCGAAGUGGACUGCGUCGUUCUCUGCUGUGGAUUAAACUCUGAUUUCGAGGCGGAGGGCUUCGACAGAACUACGAUGGCUUUACCAGGUGCCCAAGCCAAGCUUAUUAAGCUUGUCAGUGAAGCGAAUUCGAACGUUGUCCUCGUCACUCAAUCCGGAACUCCAGUCGAGGCACCGUGGGAUUCGGUUUCCGCAGCUCUCCAUUCAUGGUAUGGUGGUAAUGAAGGUUCUCAGGUAAUUGCAGAUGUUCUUUUUGGGAAAAUAAACCCAAGUGGCAAGUUGCCUUUUAGCUGGCCGCAUAGAACAGAGGAUAACCCGGCGUUUCUGAAUCAUCGCAGCGAUGAGGGCAGAUGCAUAUACGGCGAGGAUAUUUUCGUCGGCUAUAGGUUCUAUGAAAGGACUCGGAGGCAAGUGCAAUGGCCUUUUGGAUACGGGUUGUCCUAUGCAACCUUUGCUAUUCAGAAUGUUCAGGUGAACUGUUCCGAUGACAAGAAUAUCCUCAAUCGUGUGCUGGAUGUUUCGUUCGAAGUCACAAACACGUCAUGCCAAAUGGGUGGCUCUGAGGUUGUGCAAGUUUAUGUGCAGGCCCCGUCACUUUCGAGGGUCAGUCGACCCAUUAAGGAGCUCAAGGGAUUCCAGAAGGUCUAUUUGGCUGCCGGGGAAACAAGAUUUGUUUGUGUUUCAAUGCCCUUGAAAUACACUACAAGCUUCUGGAGUGAGCUGGAGAACGCCUGGGUGAUGGAAGCAGGUUCUUACACAGUCCUUGUGGGGACUAGCAGCCAUGAUACGCCACUGACUCAGGAUUUCCUUGUUGGCUCUUCCGCAACCUGGAAAGGAAUCUAG